GCAUUCUAGCUACUAUAGCUAGCUAUAGCUAUUUCUUCUCGCCUCUCCCACCGGCCCGGUCGCCCGGAGUAGCAAGCGUCUCCGAUCCGAUCCAUCGUGCGAGCAUAUCCACGGCGAUGGAGGCGAGAGCGGCCAUGAGCUGGUACUGCGGCUCCCUUCUGGCCGUGGCCAUCGCGCUGUUCCUGUCCGUGUCCCUCGGCGUGCGCGCCGCCGGCGCCGGCGCCGGCGUUGACAUCAAGGUGUCGUGUGCAGCGACGCCGGACCCGGACGUGUGCCUGCGCGCGCUCCAGGCGGACAGCGACUCCAAGACCCCGCGGGACCUGGCGGAGGCGGCGCUCCGCGCGGCGACGACCGCGGGCGGCGCGGCGGGCGACUACGCGCGGCACGAGAUGGACGUGGUGAAGGACAACGACAUGUGGCAGUGCCUGAACGAGUGCGCCGGGGAGAUCGAGGAGGCGCUGGACCACCUGGACGACACCGAGGGCGGCCUCGACGACGGCAAGCUCCACGACGUGAAGCUGUUCCUGGACACGGCGGAGGAGGACACGUGGUCCUGCGACGUCUGCUGCAAGCACGCCCCAUCCACGCCCGUCAAAACCACGCUGCUCGCCAAGAACAAGGACUUCGAGGCGCUCAUGCGCGUCGCCCACGCGCUCAUCAAGCGGGCCACCGGUGGCGCCGGUGACGCGCCGGCGCCGGCGCCCGCCGCCCGCGCCAAGAUUCAUUAAUUGAUUAUUAAUUCGUUGAUUAAUCCGCGGAGCGCCAUACAUAUCUCGAUCCAUAUUGUAUUUGUUUGUUUAUAGUAUAUAUCGAUGUGGGGUACGUUUAUAUGUACCUGCCA